CUUACUGCUUGGUAUUCCCGACGUGGAAAGUUAGGAAUCUGCAGUGAAAUGUUGGCGAAUCUAUAAAUGGCCGUGACACUUUAUAUCUGAUUUCUGAGCCUUCAAAGAGGAAACCGCGCUGCUUCCUAACCCGGUUCAGAGAGUCCGGCUGGGCUGCGGCGAGGACCGCGUCGUCCACGGCGACGGCGGGCGCGGGCUGCGGCGCUGAGUCCUGCCGGCGCCGCGGCCAGCCGGAGCCUGUGGGCGAGCGGGUGCCGAGGCGGGAAGGCGGCCGUGGCGGUAGCGGGACUCUAGAUCACGGUGUACUGAGUUUUUACUGCCAGAAUCUUUACCUCGUAAGAUUAAAGGCGGGCGGGGACCCACACUUGACGGCUCUGCCCCUAAGUCCCGGGGUACUAAGCCGCGGGGUCCCACCUCAGCCCCGACACUGCAGAGCGUUCUCAACCUUUCGGCCAGAGGGGGCGGAGCCAGGCGUCCGCCCCGCCCCCGAGCGGUUUGAUUGAUGAACCUGUCCACCGAGGGGGCGGCUCUGGGACGCGCCUGCCCCUAACCUAAGGCUCGGGUGGGGGACCCUCUCGGCCCGACUUUGCUGGCUCCCGCUGGCUGGCUUCGGACGCCUACAUAAAAGGCGCACAGAGGAGGAACGGGGAUGGAAUGACCGCCCCGACGCCCCUGGCCGCCUAGCCCUGCUCAGCCGAGCCCCGCACCGCCGCUCCGGGGAAAGGUGAGGUGCCGCAAGUCCGAGUGCGCGCCGCGGGAACCGGAGCCGCAGCCGCCAUGGAGCGCGGCCGUCCCUCCAGCAGUCCACGCAGCGCCGAGCCCGCCCCACCGGCCGCCGCCGCCGCCGCCGCCGCCCGCGACUCGAGCCCAGGGCAGACCGGAGCCGGGCCGACAGGCCCCGGCGGGGUCGCGGCGCGCUCCGGGAGUGGCCGUCCAGCGGCUGCGAACGCCGCGCGGGAGCGCAGCCGCGUGCAAACCCUGAGGCACGCCUUCCUGGAGCUGCAGCGCACGCUGCCGUCGGUGCCGCCGGACACCAAGCUGUCCAAGUUGGACGUGCUGCUGCUGGCCACCACCUACAUCGCCCACCUCACCCGCAGCCUGCAGGACGACACCGACGCGCCGGGAGACCCCAGUCUGGGCGCCUUGCGAGGUGACGGCUAUCUGCACCCAGUUAAGAAGUGGCCCAUGCGAUCAAGACUGUAUAUCGGUGCAACUGGUCAGUUUCUGAAGCAUUCUGUCCCUGGAGAAAAGGGAAGCCACAACGAUGCUCCAGCCGCCUCCCCGCCGUAGGCCGUGCGAUGGGGCCUGGCAGAGCAGUAGCUGUUAUCAAAGACUGGGAGAUAAUUGUAUUUAUUGCAUUGGACCUAACAAACACUGUUUCUGAAAGUUUACAUUGUAACCUGUAGUUGAAUAUCAAAAUCUGUGUAAAUAAAUGUGGAAUGCAAUAGUCAGCCCUGUAUAAAAAUAUAUAGCUUAUUAGUAAUUGUGUCCAUGCUGAAUAAGAGAAGUAUAAAAGGUGUAGUAAGAAGAGAAGCUGUGUGAAGAAGUGAGAGAUGCACAUGAGCGUAGAGUUGUACAGACCCAAACAACACAUACACUGUCUGUAGUGAAUCUGUUACAAACUAAGAAGCUGAUGCGAAUACAGCCCUUUCGGUUUUAGAAAAGAGACCCCGGAGCAGGCAUAGUGCUGUGUCUGCAAUCCUAGUUCCGAGAUGCAGAGACAGGUAGUUCGCUGUGAGUUCAAGGCCAGUCUGCUCUACAUAGAGUUUGGGGUCAGCCAGGGCUACACAGUGAGACGCUGUCUCAAAGAAUAAAUAAAAUGUGUUUAUGUGUUUAUAUAGUAUUCAAUUUUUGUGAAAACCAGUGUGUAUUUUGAGUUGGCCAUUUCAGUUAGAAGAUAUAAAAUCACUAUUCAGCCUCUGUGUGUGUGUGUGUGUGUGUGUGUGUGUGUGUGUGUGUGUGUGUGUGUGUGUAUCUGUGUAUGUGUGAAGAUUGUUGCAGUAACUUUUAUCUGUAGUUAUUUUUUCUGGAUAGAAAAUGUAUAUGGAACAUUAGGAAUGUUUUUCUCUAUGAAACAUGGUAUAGUCACCUUUCAAGAGGUUGGUCAAUAGUUGGAUCUAACCACACAAGACCAGUAUGAACAGGCUCAGGAUUACUGGCUGUCCUGGGUUCAUCACCCAGUCUCCUGGCACCACCAUAUCCACCCUGUCUCCUUUCCCAGCCUGGGUACUUAGGCAAGCUCAGGUAGUUAGGCAGCCCGGGGAGGUGGCAUUUUCAGCACUGAUUUGGGAGUUCUGCCUGUGAUCGGAACUGUGAGAGAGUCUACAGACACAGAUAAACUCAGGCUUGAGUCUGCCUGCCCCUUAUGAACCAGCAGACCUUUCUCACUGCACCAUACACUACCAUGGCCGAGGGAUCGUGUUCAACAAGAGGAAGCAGCUUGGGCUGGCUUAGUGGGAAAAGGUGCUUGCCCCUGAGCCAGACAUCAUGAGUUCAGCACCACAACCUACACAAUGGAAGGAGAGAACUGACCUCCACAUGACCUCCACACACCCCACUACAUAAAACAUAACAGGAAGAGCACCCAGUGACAGCGUUAGCAGAGCCCUGACUUGGAUGAUACCGACUUUUACCUCCUAUAUUACAAAGGAGAUAGAUUUUUCUCUGACAUUUAAUUCAAUUGUUGAAUAUGGUAACAGAUUACAUGAAGUUGGAAAAUCUCCGAAGUCCCAUGUAGCCAGAGUCAUCGUACACAGGUUUUGGGGGGAACAUUACUGAACCCUGAAUGGGAUAUACAGAGAUGAGACUUUUUUUUUUUUUUGGUUCUUUUUUUUUCGGAGCUGGGGACCGAACCCAGGGCCUUGCGCUUCCUAGGUAAGCGCUCUACCACUGAGCUAAAUCCCCAGCCCCAGAGAUGAGACUUUUACCCCAUUCCUUUGCUAACAUGCCCCCCUCACCUCUCCUACCCUCUUUCAGCCGCGAAGUUUAUUCAUUUCCUGAGAACCCAGUUCUAAAGUUGCUGAACUCAUUUUAAGGUUGGCAAGGAAAAAGACGUAUUAGUGGACUCGGCUGAAUUUACGUAACAGUCAAAAACCCCACUUUCUGGUGCCCAGCUUUCCAGUAAUCUGCGGCAGUGAAGUUAAAGAUCAGGUGACAGCCAAGCCUGCUGUUCAGAUAAUUCAACCUGUGGCCGAGUUGGUCUAUAUCUGAUAGUUUGUAAGUUUUAUUUAUUUUAAUGUGAUUGUUUUCCUUUACACGUGACCGAUGAAGUGUUUCUACAUGUCAUUUGGUUUCUACGCAUUGCCGUAGAAGACAGUUGUGUGUGCACUUAAACUUCUAUGAACACAUUCACCAACUCGUUUAACAUGAAAGAAAAAGUAAACUGUGAUUUGGACUCGGCCGUUCAGUGUUAACUUCAUCUGCACAGGUAGCAUAGUUUUUAUCAUAAGGGAUUAACUUUUUCGUCUGAAGGGAAUAUUAACUUCAUGGCUUAUUGUCUUCAUAAGAAAAAUGGCUUCGGACUAACUGGCUCAUUUGGCUCUUUCUCCUUCUGCCUCCCAG